AUGGCGAACGACAUGCCAGAGCACGGAUACUGGGGCCCGGUGACGGCGACGAUAGAUUGGUGCGAGGAGAAUUACGCGUGGUCUUACUUCAUUGCGGAAUUCUGGAAUACGGUGAGCUCAUUGGCCAUCUUUCUCGCGGGCGUGUAUGGAUGGUUUAUGGCCGUCGCCGACGAUCUCGAGAUUAGGUUCCAGGUCUCUCAGCUCCUGGUGGCGAGUGUUGGUAUCGGCAGCGCCUGCUUCCACUGCACACUGAGGCAUGCGGAGCAGCAAUGCGACGAAACCCCGAUGGUCUUGGCUAUGCUGAACUGGUUUCAUGAGCUUUUCGCGGACACAUGGGAGAGCAACAGAUUUCUGAGAGAGGCGAUGCCGGUGCUGCUAGUCGUGUACGGUCUGGGGUUUGCUCUCUUGCACAACAUGUAUCGCUGGACGACCGGAUUCCAGAUACACUUCAUCGUGUGGGGCCUCGCCAACCUGGCAAGGUGCAUCUACGUGAGCCGCGAGAAGGGAGUUGAUCCUGCCACGGUAUUGCUCAAGAGGGCGGUGAUUUCAACCGCAUUGGCUACCUUCUUUUGGGCGACUGACUUCCACUUCUGCAGCCACCUUCAGAGCGGGCCAAUGCCGAACCCCGAAGGACACGCCUGGUGGCACGUGCUAAUUGCGUAUGCGAUCCUACAAUGCACCUCGUUCUCAAUAUACCGGCGGUGCAUCCAGCUAGGCAAGCCGGUGGCAAUCGUUUUGAAGGGACCUUUCGGACUUUGGCCGACCGUACGGGUGGUUUAGCCGUCGCCGACGGGAUCGAAAACGCGCACUCGAUGGUCAACCAUACAGAGGCAAGGGGGCGUUUGACACAAGCAAGAGAUGUCCAGGUGGAGGAAAUCUCAUCUCCAACCUUGUUGUCAUCAGCGGCUGCUUCGCCUCGUCGAAUAAAAUGUCGAGUUGAACCGGGAGCUAGUUCAACCCUCUUACUGCUGCAAGUAAGCCCGUAGGAUUUUUCACUCGUUGUGUGGUAAGACUGGGUACGCUCGAAUACUGUGGUACUGCGUACGUGUUGCUGCUUCCAACGCUGGACAAGCACUGCAGGAGGAAUGAAAGCUCAGGACGCGUAAUUGUAGGUCCCGUCAUUGAAAAUCUAGAUUCGAAUGAGGGUUGAGGUGGGGGGUGGGGGCGGGAACAUAACUUGUCUAGAGACCACCACAGUUUCCCGUCACUUACGUCAAUUUGCUACCGGAUGGGUGGGUGGCGUUUACGGCACCAUCUCGGGACCUGGACGUCACAAUUGAUUGGCGCUUCUCAGCCACCAAGCUCGUCGUCAGUAGCUGCUCAUUGAAGACAUGCUCUUCGUUGUUUGCACGAGGCUUGUCUCCGUAUAUAUAUUCCUUGGUUGUGCGUAAUGUAAAGAGUGGCUUAGAGUUAAGGGUUGGUUUCCAUCUGGGACAUAUCGGUCUCAAAUCACACCUCACUACCCCUUCUUGCGAAGAAACGUUGCAUCUAUGUAUCGUAUCUCUCCAAGAAGAGGGCUAAAUGAACGCGUGUUGCCGCGAUGCGUGUAACGUAAAAGGCAUGUAUGUAACGUGUGGAUGUCCAAAGCUACCCAGCAGUUUUAUCUCUUAUAGUCUGUCUGUGUGUUUCCUUUGGCCUCAUUCGAGUUGGGUGUAUGUACGUACAUACCAUGGGUUCAUAUUUCUGGCAUCCCUUCAUCUGGGCCGCGAUGAGGGUUCGACUGAUGUACCAGGCACUUCAAGUAUUAAAUUGGCGAUUGAAAAUAUUUUGCUUGGAUCUCUCCCCAGUUGUGUUCAUAGUAGUUUUGGGUUUCCUUGAUUGUUGUCUGGGAAUUGUUGCGUGUUGGAUAGAGUAUGGUUCAAUCUGUGUCGCCGUGUGAAGGUACACGCAUGAAGAGAGCGAGCGAGAAGAAUGCAUCAUUGCU